GAAUGAUUUUCUCUUUAAACAACACACUGUUACGGCGAAGCUCCUUCGAAAGCGCGUGUUGUUUAAAGUCGACUGCGGGAACGUUUUCGUGUGAACUGAAAGGGCCCUUCAGGCGGUGAGGGGCGUGGCCGUUGGGCGAGAGGACCCCGCCCACUGGCGAACCUCCCGGGCUGGUUGGCCAUAGAAGGAAACUUCUCCUCCUGCUCUCCUCGGUGAAGCUGCAAGCCUGAAAACGGAGCCCGACCAGCGGAUUUCGGACGACAGGAAUCAUAAUAAAGGCUCCAGACCGCCUGUGACAGGCGAAGAAACUCUCUCAGUCGGCGUCGAUGCUUUAAAAUGCCGGCUGUGGGUUCAUUUUACAGAGAGCCGUGACUUCUCAUCCAGGAAUUAGCCGCGGCUCUUUGAGCGUCUUCAUAUGCAUCAUCGCCAGUGGGCAGUGUCUGAAGAUCAGGUCAGCUGGAGAGGGUCAUUAAGAUAAAGCAGAGUAAAGAGGCGAGGUGCCAGCCCCCCACCCUUCACGGCCCCUGAUGAAGGGCAUGGAGAUGCUGCGCCGUUCAUCAGUGUUCGCAGCAGAAGUUAUGGAUGUGUUCGACCGUUCUCCCACAGACAAAGAGCUCGUCUCCCAGUCUAAAGUGCUGUGCAGAGACUACAUACACUCAAGACUCAAUCGCGCUGGAAUUGGUUGGUCCAAGCCGGAACACGGGCUUUCUUCAGGAGGGUCCCUGGGAGAAAUAUCGUCGGUCCUUUUGUGGUUAGGUGAUGAGCUAGAGUACUUGCGUCCAAACGUGUAUCGCAAUGUGGCACGACAGCUGAACAUCACAGUGGCUUCAGAGAACAUAGUUUCGGAUGCUUUUCUGGCUGUAGCGGCAGAAAUAUUCUCCACAGGGGUAACGUGGGGUAAGGUCGUCUCUCUGUACGCAGUGGCCGGAGCCCUGGCGGUCGACUGUGUGAAGCACGGCCACCCAGCCAUGGUGCACGCCAUUGUUGACUGCAUGGGCGAGUUUGUCCGCAAAAGUCUGGUGUCCUGGUUAAAGAGGAGAGGAGGCUGGACUGACAUCACAAAAUGCGUCGUCAACACGGACCCCAGCUUCCGCUCUCAUUGGCUCGUGGCAGCGGCCUGCACAUGUGUGCACUACCUGAAGGCUGUGGUCUUCUACUUGCUGAGGGAGAAGUGAAAGGCAGGACAGAGGGACCCUGAGGAACAAUGGACAUACAGCCUUUUUUCCGUUUUUGCUGGAAGGAGCAGCUGUUCACUGCUUUGGCCCAUUACUGCUCUCAAUGUGUUUACACAUGCAGAAAGUUUGCACUGUGCCUUUAAUGAACUUUCCUGUGUUCAUGACUGGACAUCUUCGCUCUGACAAACGUUAUUAUAUGUUGUGCCUGAAUUGAGCUCAAAAUCUGAAUAGUUUGAAUUCGUGAUGGUGAUGUAACCUGGACUGCAGCUAUCUCAGCAACUUUCCGGAGGACACAGCGUGAGGGAUAUCACCAUAUAAAAUAGUGUGAAAUCACAGUGUAAAUCAUCAGCAGUGUUUUUCUUUCAAGCUGUGCCACCCAGCACCACUUCUGCUGCUCUCUCAAAGGAUAUCUCUGAUUAGUUUUAUCAUGCUUUCUAAUGAAGCACAGUGUACACUCUAUUCACAGUAGCUUUCAUUAAUAAAGAUUACUUCAAAUGCACCUAGCAUAUCAUCACGUCACGACAAAACCUUGUAUCUUAGCAAUGGUACCUUUGUAGAAGGAUAAGUAAUUUUGGAGCAUUUUUAUUGGUCUAAUAUUAAAUGUUCAUCCAAUUCAACUGGUAGAAAAAGCACAGAGAAAUAGUACCUAAGUAAAAGUAUGGGUAAUGUGCAUAAAAUAUUAAUUGAAUUAAUGAAGUGUAAAGUAUGUAGCCAAAAACAUACUUGUUAAGUAAAAAAUGUAUCAACUUUUAAGCAUAGUCGAGUACAUAAAAGUGAAAAGUCAAUGUUUUAACGAAAA